AUGGAAUCCGGGCAGCAUCCGCCGUCGUCAUCAUCAGCAUCAUGUUUUUCGCAUCAACAUGAUUUUUCAAGUUUGGUUUCAUGGCCACAUCAUUGGCAACCGGAAUCGUUUGAAAUAACGAUUCCUACCAGUAGUCUUUCGGCUCCGUCGGAUAUGACACAAGUCGUACCUGAACACAUGACGUCAGACAAACUCGGUGGUGAAAAUGAUAAUUCUCGAAAACAGAAUAGUGCGUCACAAAAAAGUCGACCACAACGUUCCAAUUCUGCCACCUUAAGUACAAUAUCCAUCUCUUGUGAUACAGACACAUCAACUAAAUUAUCUGAUACUCGGUCUCAUCCAUCAUCAACGAAACGAUCUUCUAUCACAUUAAGUACUAUGAAUAACCUUACUGCGGCGCAUUCAACAUCAACUUUAACAAAUGAUUCAAUUAAUUCUUUGCAUACAUUUAAUAAUCAUUCACCACAAAAAGCGCCUAUGUCAACAUCAUCUGAAAUAAACAUUACUUAUGAAAAAUCUCUUCUUGCAUCGUCUAUGUCAAUAGCAAAUAAACAUUCAAUUAAAUCAGAUAGUGGAACUAUUGACAGAGCAGGAGCAACAUCAACAAGAAAUCUCUCGAUAAAACAUAAGUCAACUUCGUUUGAUGAUCAUCGAUCAACACGUGGAGUCGGAAAAAGUGUUCUUGAACAUCUUGUCUUUGUUUUUCCGGAAAACGUUCGACGCAUACUAGCCGGACCAAAAAAUUUAACUGUGCGCACCGACGAAGGCCGUCAGCCCGUUGAACCUAUUGAUUUAGGUGAACCACCAUCUCUCGACGAACUUAAAAGUUGGUCAGAAUCAUUUGACAAAUUAAUGAUGAGUGCUGCGGGUCGUCAUUACUUUCGCGAAUUCCUACGAUCUGAGUACAGUGAAGAAAAUUUUCUAUUUUGGAUGUCCUGUGAGUCAUUGAAAAAUGAACAAAAUCCGGAUAUAAUAGAAGAGAAAGCCAGAUUAAUCUAUGAAGAUUACAUAUCUAUUCUAUCUCCUAAAGAGUCGUCUCCGUCUGCAUUUAAACGAACAGUGACAUGGAAUGCUGCAUAACAUGACGAUAAUCCGUAUCCAAAUCGAAAUGAUUUGGACUAUUUGGCAACGAACGGCGGAAUUAAAGAGUCACAAGUGAAAGCAUGGUUUUCUAAUAAACGAAAUCGAACUCAAAAUACACAUCCUAAACGUGCUAAACGUUACCUCAUCCGAAAUCAAACUCAAGGCACGUCGUCUCAAUGGAAUGAACCACAGAAAAUUUAUGUUGCCGAUGAACUAGAACAACGAGCAGUUCUCUUACAUUCUCAGUCUUAUGCGGAUGCUCAAUUGGCAUCAUCAAUACCAUCUUCCAGUAAUUGGUCAUGGUUACCACCGAACUCAUACGACUAUUACCAUGCUUAUUAA